AUGAAUUCAAACAUCGAUCCUAUCUCCAAAAUUCGGGUGGCGACCAAUAAGGCUUGGAAGAUUGUUGCCAGAGUGAUACGAUUUUGGAGAGUCCCAAACAACAAGGAACCGAGUCAACCCGACUUCAUUGACAUGAUCCUUAUGGAUUCUAAGGGUGACAAGAUUCAAGCUACAGUGUGGAGUAGCCAUGUUGAAAAAUUUGAGGCAGUCUUAAAAGAGGGGUUGUGUUAUGAAAUUGUUAUUCUCAGCGUUGCUAUCAAUAGCUACAAAUACAAACCUUGCACUCAUCCGUGCAGGUUGUAUUCCAAGUUGCAAAUCGAAGUGAAACCUAUAGAAGCACGAAAUAUUCCCUAUUAUGGGUUUAGUUUUGCACCAUAUGCUUCAAUAUUUGAAAACCCUAAAGAGGAUGAAAAAUUGAUCGCUCCUCCUCCUCCUCCUCACAGAGAGGGCAAAGAUGGGCCUUUGUUGGACACGUCUCUAAAAACUCGAUCUAAGGGCAAGGAUUGGGAGAAGUUGUCAAUCACUAAGCUGGUGUCUUUGGAUCUGUUCACAGUGCUUGAUAUUGAAAGAGGUUAUUCUCCAAAAGAAGUGUUGCUCCUGUUAUUCUCCUCAGCCAGUAGAGAAAAGGAGAGACUUUCAAACUCUCUUGCUCCCUUCCGCAAUCCAAACAAGUCAAUGAGGUUCUUGAGGUUGAAACUGUUUCUAAGUUUUGCUGGUGUGCUCUUGAUGAGCUUUUCUAUUGGUCCUGCUAUCUCCAGCAUGAUGGAGCUUGGGCUAAUUGUUCCGGCCUUUUUGACAUUUGGGUCUGCUGGAGUCAUACUGAUAAGUUUUAUGAUUUGGGUCUCCAAGCUCUGGCUGAAAUUUGUGGCGGUUCGUGAUUUAUUUGCACCAGGGACAGCACUGAGAUCUCUAGCCAUAGUGUUACUAUUGCUGAUUAGUUAUCUCUUCAAUCUUGCUGUACACUUGCUGCGAGUACCCUCAGAUCCGAUUAGCGAUGCCGUACAUGAUCAGACUGCAACUGCGAGCUGCGUUCUCUGGGGUUUGACUACGGUCAUAGCUGGGCGGCUAUAUUAUCUGAAGGGUAUAAUUCUGUUACUUCAACGGCCACUAAUUGCGACGAGUAUCAGUUUCGGAUUCAGAUGUGCUGAUAUUGUUGAGUGUUUUGCGGUACGGUAUUCUAUCUACUUCUCGUCACUGCUAUCAGCAGUGGUUCUGCUGUUGCUUUUCGAUGCCGGAAUCUUCCUUACCUUCCGCGAUCUCCUCCGCCGUCUCCUCCGCCGUGCUCCUGCUGCAUAAGACUUCUUACAACUGAGACUUGAAAACUUAUUGCUUAUUUGCAUAUUGUGUAGGAUUUGUGAGUUAUUCUAAUAAUGAAAACUUAGACUUUUGAUAUGAGUUUUAGUAUCAACUUUGAGUCAACCUUCAUUUCUGAGUUUCUUGCUUCAUUGUUCAUUGGUGUUAUGGAUUUGAUUAACCUGUGUGCAGCAUUAAGAGUCCAUUUUAUCCAUAAAUUCUUGGCUGAGACAUUCUUUCAUCUCUCUCAAAUAGUGUUCUUUAAGUUGA